AUGAAAUUCAGUUUUUUUUCUGUUGUUAUUUGUUUUGUUAUUUUAGCUUAUUCAGCUAGCUUAAAUAGGGAAAAGGAAAAAAAAAAAAAAAAAAGCGAUAAACAUAUCGAAAGCAAUAAAAUUGAUAAAAAUAUAAAAAAAUUCGACUAUGGUACAUUGAAGAAAAAAUUUCACUUAAACGAUAAGGAUGAGAAUGUAAAGGAUGUUAAUAAAUAUAAUGAAAUUGGAGAAAAUGAAAAAAAUAAAGAAAAUGAAAAAAAUAAGCAACCUGAAGGGAUAUCUGUAAGCUUAGAAAAAACAAAUUCUCUUGAGGAAACAUUAGUACAAAUAAAUAAUGAAUAUAAUAAAUGUAUUGAUAUGAUUGAAAAAGAAAUACACGAUAAUAUAGAUAAUGAAGAAAGUUUAAAAGUAAAAAACGAAUUAGAAAAAUUAUGCGUAAUAAAAAAAGAAAAAGAUGAAAAAGAAGAAUAUGAGAAAUAUAAAAAAAGGAUGAAAGAAAAAUCUAUGCAAAUGAAUAUGGAUAAUGAAAAAGAAGAAAGAAAAAGAAUAAAUGAUGAUAUAAAAUCCCAAUUAGGUAUAUCUAGUAAAAUAGAAGUUACUAAUGAAGUUUUAAAUGAUUCAUUAUCUGAAAUAAAAAAUUGUGUAAGAAAUUAUAGAGAAAAAUGUCCAUUGAACUGGAAAAUAAAUAAAGAUAAUAAACUAUAUUGUAUGGCUCCUGAAUCAUAUAAAGGACCAUGUGAAAGAAAAUUAAUAACUAAUUUAGAUAUAAGUGAAAAGAUUAAGAUAGAAAAAAAAUGUUAUAUAUUUUGGCAAUGUGAAAAUAAUUGUGUACAAGAUUUCGAAAAUUCUAUAUGUCCUUUGGAAUGGAUAAUGAAAAAUGAAGAAUAUUGUAUAUCCCCUGAAAGUUAUGUAGGAAAUUGUUUGAAUCAAAUUAAUUUCAUAAAUAUGACAAAUAAAGAAAAAGCUAUUUAUUCUAAUUUAUGUGAUGUUAGAUGGCCAUGUAAAAAAAAAUGUGAACAUGAUUAUUCUGUUGUUUGUCCAGAUGAAUGGAUUGAAGGAAAUGAUGGAUACUGUUUUCCUACACGUAAUUAUAAAGGAAAUUGUAAAAAUAAAAUAUAUUUCAAACAUUUAGAUAAAAUAAUGAAGGAGACAUAUGAACAAAAAUGUCAAUUCAGUUAUCCUUGUAUUAAUUCUUGUGAAAAAAAUUAUGAUGAUUUGUGUCCAAAUUUAUGGAUAUCAAUAAAUGGAAAUGAAUGUGCCCCAUCCGAAUAUUAUAAUGGAAGUUGUAAAGAAAAUUAUAUUUUUAAAAAAAAAAAUGUUCAGGAAAAGAAAAUGUUUGAAAAUUUAUGUGAAGUAUCUUAUCCAUGUUUAAAAAAAUGUAAAAGAAAUUAUUCUUAUAGUUGUCCUAUUGGAUGGAAAGAAACUUUAUCUUUUUGCUUAGCUCCUAAUUCAUAUAAAUUCAAUUGUAAUAAAUUAAUAAAAAAUGAUAUGAACGAGAAGGAAAAAAUAGAAAUCAGUAAAAAGUGUCACAUUUUUUGGCCCUGUGAAAAUUAUGAAAUACUUUUAAAAAAAUUAAUUUAUAAUAAUAUGACGGAGAAGGAUUAUUUAUCGAUAGUAAAUGGGCCUGUUGAUAAUACAACAGGUAAAGUCAUAUAUAUUUAA